AUGGAAGCGACUUCUACACAUGCACCUUGGCGUUACACAUGCACCUUUGGCCACCUCGACAACCUCGAUACACAUCAUUUGAAGGAACACAUCGCGGUGACUCAUUUGAUGAGGGUCAAAUGCCGGUGCUUGCAAUGUUCUCUCGAAGUCCUCACCAGCGACGCGAUGAUCCAUCACCGAACCUGGAAUAUCUAUCGAGUUGCCCUGAAAGCACUCGACAAAUUGAAGCGAUUCUGCGAUGAUGCAAUUCAAAGCGAGAUGAAGCCUCUCAUCGUAUGGCUCCCAGCUGAAGUCAUCACAAGCGCUAAAUGUUUCUACAUCAGCUGUCUCCACAAACGGACCGCAUCAGCGUUUGUGUUUAGUCGCUCAACAACGACAACUCUAAUAGCUUAUCGUUUGCUUCAC